AAAACUGAAAUUCUGUCCCUAUUAAACAAUAACUCCCCAUCCCCCAUCCUCCAAACCCUGGAAACCACCAUUCUAAUUUCUGACUCUGAGUUUGAUUACUCUAAGACCCUCACACAAGUGGAGUCAUACCACAUUUAACCUUUUGUGACUGGCUUAUUUCACUCAGCAUAAUGUCCUCAGAGUUUAUCCAUGUUGUAGCAUGUGUUCAAAUGUCCUUUUUAAGGCUGUAUAAUAGUCCAUUGUGCAUAUAUAUCACUUUUGUUUAAGAUAGAAAUAACUACCUUUUGUAAGCUGAUGGAAAUGAUCUAGUAGGUUGAGAAAUUUAUGAUUCAGGGAGAUGGUAGAAACCCUGGAACAAUGUUGGAGGUGGUGACAGGCAUGAACAGUUUAUAGUAGCAGGUGAGAAGGCAGGGUAUGUGGACACCAGUUCCACUUGGUGGGUAGACGUGGUAAGUCUAGAGGUCCCUUCUGAUGGCUGAAAGUGAGGAAGGAGAAAAGGUGUUACACAGGACAGAGGGAGACUGACUACACUGAGGUAUAGUAUGCUUGUCUGGCAGCAUUAAGGGCCCAUUUGAAGUUUAUGGUCAUGAAUUUAAAGUGGUAAUUAGCCAUGAUGGUUGUGUGUUUUUCUCAUCACAUUGAAUUGUACAAGUAUACAGGCUCAGGGUUGGGAGGGUUGUAUUUAACCAAUAUUGUAUUUGUGUCAAGAAUGAAUAACGAUGCAAGAAGGGACAAGAGAGAUGAAGGGUCUCCAUCUCUCCACCCUGGGGCAUCAUCCUUCAGGGGAGGGAGGAGCAGCUCCAGAAUGGCUGAGGAGAAGAAGCUGAAGCUCAGCAAUACUGUGCUGCCCUCAGAGUCGAUGAAGGUGGUGGCUGAGUCGAUGGGCAUCGCCCAGAUUCAGGAAGAAACCUGCCAGCUGCUGACAGAUGAAGUCAGCUACCGCAUCAAGGAGAUUGCACAGGAUGCCUUAAAAUUUAUGCACAUGGGGAAGCGGCAGAAGCUCACCACCAGUGACAUUGACUAUGCGCUGAAGCUAAAGAAUGUUGAGCCACUGUAUGGCUUCCAUGCUCAAGAGUUUAUUCCUUUCCGGUUCGCCUCUGGUGGUGGCCGGGAACUGUACUUCUAUGAGGAGAAGGAGGUUGACCUUAGCGACAUCAUCAAUACCCCUCUGCCCAGGGUGCCCCUGGAUGUCUGCCUCAAAGCUCAUUGGUUAAGCAUUGAAGGCUGCCAGCCAGCUAUCCCAGAGAAUCCACCCCCAGCUCCCAAAGAGCAGCAGAAGGCGGAGGCCACAGAGCCCCUGAAGUCAGCAAAGCCAGGCCAGGAGGAAGAUGGACCCUUGAAAGGCAAAGGUCAAGGGGCAGCUCCAGCUGAUGGCAAAGGAAAAGAGAAGAAGGCACCACCCCUGCUGGAGGGGGGCCCUUUGCGACUAAAGCCCCGAAGUAUCCAUGAGUUGUCUGUGGAACAGCAGCUGUACUACAAGGAGAUCACCGAAGCCUGUGUGGGGUCAUGUGAAGCCAAGAGAGCGGAAGCCCUUCAGAGCAUCGCAACAGACCCAGGGCUCUAUCAGAUGCUGCCACGAUUCAGCACCUUCAUCUCAGAGGGGGUCCGUGUGAACGUGGUGCAGAACAACCUGGCCCUGCUCAUCUAUUUGAUGCGCAUGGUGAAGGCACUGAUGGACAACCCUACGCUGUAUCUGGAAAAAUACGUGCAUGAAUUGAUUCCAGCUGUGAUGACCUGCAUCGUGAGCAGACAGUUGUGCCUGCGGCCAGAUGUGGACAAUCACUGGGCACUCCGGGACUUUGCUGCCCGCCUGGUGGCCCAGAUCUGCAAGCAUUUCAGUACAACCACUAACAACAUCCAGUCUCGGAUCACCAAGACUUUCACCAAGAGCUGGGUGGAUGAGAAGACUCCGUGGACCACACGUUAUGGCUCCAUCGCAGGCCUGGCCGAGCUGGGACAUGAUGUGAUUAAGACUCUGAUUCUGCCACGGCUGCAGCAAGAGGGGGAGCGGAUCCGCAGUGUCCUGGAUGGCCCUGUCCUGAGCAACAUUGACCGAAUUGGAGCUGACCACGUGCAGAGCCUCCUCCUGAAGCACUGUGCCCCUGUUUUGGCAAAGCUGCGCCCACCACCCGACAAUCAGGAUGCCUAUCGGGCAGAAUUUGGGUCCCUCGGACCCCUCCUCUGCUCCCAUGUGGUCAAGGCCCGGGCCCAAGCUGCUCUGCAGGCUCAGCAGGUCAACAGGACCACCCUGACCAUCACUCAGCCCCGGCCCACACUGACCCUCUCACAGGCCCCUCAGCCUGGCCCGCGGACCCCUGGGUUGCUGAAGGUCCCUGGCUCCAUUGCACUGCCCGUCCAGACACUGGUGUCUGCACGAGCUGCUGCUCCACCUCAGCCUUCCCCUCCUCCAACCAAGUUUAUUGUAAUGUCAUCAUCCUCUAGUGCCUCAUCCACCCAACAGGUCCUGUCCCUCAGCACCUCAGCCCCUGGCUCAGGCUCCACCACCACCUCUCCUGUCACUACCACGGUCCCCAGCGUGCAGCCCAUUGUCAAGCUGGUCUCCACCGCCACAACUGCACCUCCCAGCACUGCUCCCUCUGGCCCUGGCAGUGUCCAGAAGUACAUAGUGGUCUCUCUUCCCCCAACAGGGGAUGGCAAAGGAGGCCCUACCUCCCAUCCUUCCCCAGUCCCUCCCCAAUCCUCAGCCCCCUCCCCACUUGGGGGCAGUGCCCUCUGUGGGGGAAAACAGGAAGCUGGAGAUAGCCCCCCUCCAGCUCCAGGAACUCCAAAGGCUAAUGGCUCCCAGCCCCCUGGAUCUGGGUCCCCUCAACCUGCCCCUUGAUGCUGUCACACAUCUGUCAGCCUUCUGUCCUCCAGAUUCUCUCUACACACACAUAUGCUGGGUGGAGGGAAGUAGUCAUCUGCUUCCCUCAUCUUAACUUUCUUUAGAUAUUGUACAGCCAGCUCCUCAUAAUAAAAAUUUGAUUUGUAAGUUCUGA